AUGUACGCGACGUCGUUCCUCCUCUCGCACUACGGCGAUCGCGUCACCGUCGACGUCGUCGAGCGCGACGCGACGCCGUUCGGGCUCGUGCGAAGCGGCGUCGCGCCCGAUCACGCGUCGACCAAAUCGGUGACGAAUCGAUUCGACGGGAUCCUCGCGGACGCGCGCGUCGCGUUCCACGGCAACGUCGCGCUCGGCUCCGACGUCGCGCUGAGAGACCUACGAGCACGGUACCACGCGAUAAUCCUCGCGCACGGCGCGGACGGCGACAAACGGUUGGGCGUCCCCGGGGAGGAGACGAUGCCCGGCGUGUACGGCGCGAGAGAAUUCGUCGGCUGGUACAACGGCGACGCGAGGUGCGCGGCGACGCUCGGCGCGACGGGGAGGGACCCGGUCGGCGCGAGGAUCGUGUUGGGGCACACCGCGUGCGUCUUCGGGCUCGGGAACGUCGCGCUGGACUGCGCGCGGAUGCUGCUGAGGGACGCGGACGACCUCGCGUCGACGGACGUCGCCGGCGAAGCGUUGGGCGCAGGCAGCGGCGUCGAGCGCGUCGUGAUGAUCGGACGGAGAGGCGUCGCGCAGGCGGCGUUCUCGCCGAAAGAGCUCCGCGAGCUGCUGAGCCUGCCGAACGUCCGCGUGCGCGUGGAGCCUCCGGGGCACGUGGAGGGCUUGGACGAGGAGGACGCGAAGGACCUGGACGCGUCGCGGCCGAGGCGACGCGCGCGCGAAGCCGUCGCGAAGGCGGCGGCGAAUACGGCGGCGGCGGACGCGACGUCGGACCGGCCGACGAAGGAGCUCGUGAUCAAGUUUCUUCGCAGUCCGACGCGGUUCGAGAGCGAGACGGGGGACCCAGACGGGACCCCCCCGAUGUCGCCGUCGACGCCGAGCGUCAGGGUGACGCUUCGAGCGAACGCGCUCGAGGGCGCGUCCGGAUCUCGUCGCGCGGUGCCGGACGCGUCCGUCGCGGAGCCCGAGGUGUUGCGCGACGUCUCGCUCGUGUUGCGAUCCGUAGGGUAUAAAGGGAUCCGCGUCGACGAGGACGUGCCGUUCGACGACGAGAACGGCGUCGUCCCGAACGCGCACGGGCGCGUGCUGACCGAGCGCGGCGGCGAGAUCGUGCGGGGGCUGUACGCCGCCGGGUGGAUCAAACGCGGUCCCACGGGGAUCAUCGGGACCAACUUACGAUGCGCGGAGGAAACCGUGGGGGCGCUGAUUCACGACGACGAACGCGGGCGGCUGCGCGAGGUUUGCGAGGUUUGCGAGGAGGAGGAAGACGACGACGUCGCGCUGAGCCUGAGUGAGGUCCUGAGGCGGCGCGGGGUGAAGGUCGUGAGCAAGGAAGGAUGGGCGAGGAUCGACGCGGCGGAGCGAGAGAUUGGACGGAUGGCGGGGAAGCCGCGGGAAAAGUUUGUGGAUCUCGACGAGAUGCUCCGCGUCGCCGAGGGAGCGGACGCGCGCGCGGUAGACUAA